GUUUAGUAGAGUUUUGAUAUUUGUGUAGUAAAGACGUGAAACGCUAUUCCAUCUUGCGCGUUGCUUAUUUAGUCAAUAGUACGCUCUUAAGUAUAGGUGGAAAGAGAGAAAAAAAAGAAGAAAUAAUAAUAAGAUAUAGACACUAUCUGCCUUUAUUUAGACAAAAGGAAAUUUAGAAAGAAUAAACUUUAAAUUGUGAAAAAUAAGAUUGAAUAACAAUAAAAAAAAAACCAGAAUUAAUGGAAUAAGUUGCCAAUAUCUUGAGAGAAUAGAAGCAAGUUUUAUAGAAAAUCAGAUUCAGACUUGACGAAGACAAUAAAAUAAUUGCUGACAAAUUGUCAGGAGACAAAAAAAGAUGUUACUACACACACAAAUACUUACCUUCCUCGUAUUAAUCUUUCAUCAUGUAAGCGGCCAAUCGAAUUAUGCAUCACAUGCCAAUAAUAUAAAUUACAUUGGCGAGGGAUUGCCUGAGGAGACAGUUCUAGAUGGAAAAGUAACGAAAUUAGACGACAUAAGCCCAAUAAUUUUCCUCAAUCGAACAAAAGCUGCUUUAAAUUGUGCUGCUGGUUCUAUGCAAGUGGAUUUAAAAUUCAAUGAAAAAUUUUACGGAGUUGCCUACGCAGAUUUUGAUCGUAACAGCGCCUGUCAAAUCAUCGGCCAUGGUGACAUGAGUUAUCACAUAGAAUUGCCAUUGAAGGGAUGUGGAACCAAACAGGAUCCUCAGCGUGUAUUCACAAACAACAUUGUUGUUCGAUUCCAUCCAAAUUUGGAAAUGGACGGAGAUGAGAUUAUCACAAUUGUGUGCCGUUAUCCACCACCGAUCGCUCCAUUGCCUCCAGUGCUGCCACCAAGUCCACCAGUGCCUAACCUACGACAAGAUCUCGUAACAAGUGCAUUGAAAGGUCCCCAAAUUCUCUUUAUUGUGUGUGCCCUUAUGUUUUUGACUCUUCUUCUUUUGGGUCUCGGAGUGUCCUAUUACUGCCUUAAAAAUAGAACAAUUCCUGUCGUUCGAAGACUGCCUUUGUACAUGGCUGGAAGUGGAUCUGAAAUUACAAAACUUAGUGGAAGUAGCUUGGGUAACAUAUCCGUGUUAGAAGAGAGCCUGAAGAUACCACGUGCUACACUUGAAGCUGUUGCAAUACCUCAAAGUUCCAGUGAUACACUGCCAUCCGACUACCCAAGCGAAUCACACUCCGAGAUUGAAGUUGAUAUACGCUCGCUUCCACACAGUUCCGUCAGUAGUUACGAAAAUCAUGCUUAUUUUCAGGAAGCAUCAAGUGUAUACAGCGAAAACCUUGGAUACGUACAAGAGAUUCAAGCUGUUGCCGUCGCUAAAGCACCAUCGCCACAAUUUGAUGUUCAAGUUCGUGUCAAAAAACCUCCACCUCCACCACCUUCAAUUUCAUCAUCAUCUGAUACUGAGAGUGCCGUAAGUAGAAACGAUCGAAAUAAUUUAUCGACAAUCAUGGAGUCUCAUGAGGACCGUGAAAGCAUUUUAACAAUUGAAUCACUGCCACAUGAAAAUGUUCAAACACAGUUCACAUACAUGCCCGAAUUGCAUCCAGCACCUAAAUAUAUUGCACCGCCAACUGUGUAUUCAACGCUCAAUAAGAAUGUUAGGAAAUAUCAACCUCACUGGCCUGAUGAUUUAGCUGAUGGACCACCAAUAACAACAAUUGAAGAAAUUGAAACCCACACCGUUACACAAACUGUCGACGAAGGUCAUCCAACAUACACAACAACAAUGGAAAUCGACAGUUUGGAAGCACCAAUACAAGUUGUUCGUAAGCCAGAAAUUACAUCACAUGUUGUCGAUGAUGUCUUCUUACGUACAAUUACUGAAAAGAGAACAAUUGAGGAUAUUGAGAAGCAGAAGCGUAUGGUUACUGAAUAUAAGAUUCGACCAAUCAUUCAUGAUCCAACAUUUGAUGUUCACAUACGUAAUCAUCCACUUAAUGCAACAGGUCCACAAUGGGAAGACUUCUCAGACAUCUCAAGUGCAUCUGGUGUUGGUCCACGUAUUGAGCGAGCUCCAAUGAAUGUCCCACCACCAACAUAUAUAAGUCCAUCAGGUGAACACUUAAGAAGUCCCGAAAUGGUUGGUAAUAUGAAGCCAAUUGAAAUGCCAGAGGAAGACAAAGCCGUUCCAAAUUGGGAUGUACUUAUAAGAGUACUUGAGGAACCGGAUAUUGAGCCAGUAACACGUACAAAUCGUUAUGAAACAUCAACGAAUAUUUUGGAACGACAAUUGAGCUACGAAGAUAAAUUGAAGUGGAAGGAAAUUAUUACAACUGAAUCAACAUUGAGGAGAAUGUUGACAGAAGCCAUUGUUAGAGAAGAUUUUGAGAGAAUUUCUCGAGAUGUACGUUAUGAGCGUAUUUUCGAGCCACAAUCAUGGGAUGUUAUUAUAAGAAUUUUGGCACCGCCAUUGGAAGAAGAUGUUAAAUUGAGACAUCCAAAAGGAUCAAAAUCAACGAAACAGCCAUGGGAUACACGUUCACGUAGAAGCUCUCUACCGACACUCUAUGAAUAUGAUUCUGAUGGUGGUUCAUCUGUACGUACAAUUAGAAAUGAUUACAUCAUUUCACAGCCACAACCUGGACCUUCACAUGUUUAUAUGCCGAGAUCUCGUCGCACAUCACGCUCAUCGAGGUCAGGCUCUGAUUUUGUUGAUAUUCGUUCAAUGACUGAAACGACGGUUGACUUUGCACGACCUGAGUCAUAUCUUGAUAAGAUGUCGGAGGGUAGCUCUUACCAGCCUAGAUACUACGAUGAUGAUCGCUACAGUGACCAUCGUUCACUGCACAGGUCAGUAAGUCAUCCAUCGCUAGCACGUUCCGAGAGUGAAUUUAUCGAGCAAUGGAUAGCACCAAUCGAGUCACCAGAUGCCAGUCCACAAAUGCAACGUAGUCAAAGAAUUUUGACUACUUUCCAACCUCGACAAACGACAUCGUCAACGGUAAGCGGAAGCGCUCAACGCAUUGUUACAUCUGAGUCGCAAUAUUCAGAGCAGAGAACAAUGAAAUAUCAAUCUGGUGAUAAUAUUUCAUGGUAUAAGCAAAACUAGUGAUCAAGUCAUCGAAUUUUAUACAUUUUUUUUUUUUUGAUAAAAUAAAUAUUUUUAAAGCUUAACAACAAUUAAUUCUUUGUGCCAAGUUUUUAAUUAGAGAAGAAAAUUAUAAAUUUUAAAAAAUAGCAUUCGACUAUAAUUUAUGAUAAUAAAUAUUGUACUUACUAAUCGAUGUGAGAAUAAUAGGAAUAAUAGUAGUAGUGGGGCUGUUCGUAAGUGAUGUUAAUGGAGAAAUGAAUUUUAGAAUUCUGGUCAUAGAAAUGAUUAAAGGGGUUUUAUACCUGGAACUAGUUUCUAGAUCCACUCUGUUUUCUAGAAAUCUUGUGGUUUCUAGUUUUUUCCUUUGGUUGCUUCACCAUCAUUGGUUUCUUGACCCACUCUCUCUAGUUUCUAGACUUCCUUUGGUUUCUAGACCCCCUCCAUACCCCCCCCCCCCCUUUGCAUUUGUUCAUAAGUUGUCAAAUAAUUCUGGAUUCCUUUCCUUCCCAUCAUUCUAUAAAUAUUAGAUAUCACCCACGAACAACCCCCAAUAAUGACAGUCUCAACACACAGAAAUCUCUCAAUUUUAUUUCACUUUUAAAGUAUUUUUUUCUAACUUUUCUGUGAUAAAUCAUAAUCAUAAAAUGAAAAUUUCUCCUUACACACAAAAAAAAAAGUUAUUCAUAAGACAAUAAUAAUACUCAACAGCGCAUUUUAAUGUGCCGUCUCUGGUCAUUUUUAAUGAAUAUUUUUCCCCUUUUGGUGGUGGCUUCAUAUUG